UUUUGCCUUGGCCACAGUGAUUUUACUUUAAAAUAACUCCAUUCACUACGUUUUUGACAAAAUGGCUAAAAAGAAAAUAGAGGUGUUCGUAAAUAUUGAAAAUGAACAGCAAUUUGAGUACAUCCUCAAUCACAAUCAAAACAUAUUGAUUUGUGCUGAUGUUUACAACUCCUUCGCUGGUCCCUGCACGGCUCUCGACCAGCUCUUUGUGAAGAUUAAGCUUGACUGGAGCGAUGGAAACAUGCUGCUAUUGAGGGUGUUAAUUGAUGAAAUUGAGUCAUUAAGUCGUUUCCACGACCAAAGCGAGCCUGUAUUUCUAUUCAUUGUGAAUCGAAAAAUAACGCGAGUCUUCAGAGGAGUCGAUCAUAUGAGGUUUGCACAGGCUGCGAAGUUUGAGAUUGAUUGUUUUAACCAAUACCAGAAAGGUAAUCUUAAUGAAAGGGUCACUUACAACUUGGAUGAGGCAUCACCAGAAGAAAUGGAAUGGCAUAAGUCACGUAUAUUGGAGAAGCAGAAAGAAGAAUCAUCAGCAGAAGCUCGUAGACAAGAAAGACAAGCAGCUCGCAAGCGUCACAGAGCGGAGAGGAUGAUACCAUACUUGCAGCAUUUGAACUUUGUGUUGUACUGGCCACAUAUGGUACAUGCCCAUCCUGAAUUGUAUGAGCGAUGGGAUCAAAAUAAUAUAAUCAUGGUGGGUCGCGAAGAGGUACGGCUGUCGGAAGAGAUGGCGUACGACGUAUUGUAUGCCGGUGAUGCCGAACUGAACGAGGCUUCCUUGUAUACGCUGCUCUCUGCGCCGGCUUUAGCUAUAUGCUUUCGUCUGCUGGACACUGACAAGCAUUUCGUGUCUCUGGUGCGCAAAAUUUUAUACGAAGAAGUAACCCCGAUAGAUGAAACUAAGCCAUUGAAAGACCAAAAUGCUUUGAAAACUGCUUUUGAUACAUACAAAACGUACAGCUCUUCCCGAGAAGAAAUAUUACGAAAACGCAAAGAAAACCGCUUAAAACAAAAGGAAGAAGUUAUAGAAAAGCGAGCAAGAAGAUUGUCUGAAAUACAACGGCUAGCGAGACAAGCUAUUGCUGAUGGUAUACAAGCUAAAAGAGCUGCAAAGGAAAAUCGUAGAAUCGAGCUCCUUAAAACAGGAAAUUUGUCAGCUCUAGAAAAUUUAAAUCAAGAAUCCGAUGACGAUGAUGUAAACAUAGUCAUUCCUGAGGUAUUACCUGACGUAGAAGUGGAAGAUGAAGAAGAAACGGAUGAUGAAAACGAGUACUUUCCACCCGCCGGUCUUCUAAUACCAGGUUUCUACGCUCCGCCCAACGAUGUGGCAAAAACCAACGGCUUGGCUAUCUUAUUCCCCAAAUUAGUUUCAGAGAACGUAACCCCGGAAGACGAGUUCCUACCACCGCACGUCCUAGUUAUGUUUGAUAUGGACAAGCGGUAUAAAGCCAUGGAAGUGAUAUCUCAGUACAAGGACGAAGUCAUACAUAUGGGCAUUUUUAAAGCUACACGUCCAUCAGGUCCAGUUAAGCAUAUAGCUUAUAGCAUAAAACAGUUUGAUGUCAUGGCGAAAAGGAAAACGUAUAAAUUAGAGAAAUUAAAGUUAGCACUUAUGAUCUCCAUAAAGAAGGAUCUGGCUUUGCUGGAAUUGGUUGGCAUUGGCCCAACGCAUGUCAGUCGGGAUGUUAUCGCGGGGGAAGUCGAGUGCGCGGUCUUGUUCAGCGUUGACUAUGGAGAUAACUACCCUCAGUUUGAAGAUUUUGAAAUAUAUUAA